GGUAGAUCGAGUCCCAGCUGCAUUGAACGUAGUCGAAGUGUAAAGAUAGUCGCCACUUAUCUCUUAAUUAAAUUCAUUGUUGAACCGGAAACAACAGAGGAAGGUCAAAGAGCAUUGCAAUUCUCAAGCCAGUUUAUGGAAAUCUUAAAGAAGAAUAAACCAACAAAUAGUAUAUCUGUAUCAUUGGCUCUUGGCAUCUUUGAGGACUAAAUUUUUAAAAAAGACAAUAAACAAAGAAAAAUAAAAGAAUAGGAAUCCGAAAAAAAAUCUGAAAAGCAAUAAGGGCAGGAGGCGGGCAUUUAUUUUGAGGAGUGACGUGCUACAGUCACAGAGAGGAACCUAAAGCGCGUGGCGUGUGCUCCUCGCGACAUCAAUCCAGCCAGACAGCAGCUUCACUUGGAGUCCCCAGACCUGUGGGGUAAUAGUUGAUGUGCUGCACAGAGACAAGAGACAUUGUUUUUUUCUCUUUGACUCCGUCGCGCAGUAGUUAUAAGAAACUGACUCGAGACUUGAGGAGGCAACCGGGGCUCGAGCUACUAUCGAAGAGGCGGAGUCUUAACCUGUUAAAAGGAACUUGCUUCAACUCGGUCGUCCGCAAAUAUGAUGAUGAUGUCGCUGAACAGCAAGCAGGCAUUCGCUAUGCCCCACACCAGCUUGCCCGAGCCCAAGUAUUCCAGUUUGCAUUCGUCUUCGUCUUCUACUUUGACUUCGAAUGCGCCUUCGUCUUCAUGCUCUUCUCGACACAGUAGUACCAUCAGCAGCGGUAGCAGCAGCGGCUCAGAGACGAUGCGCCGACCCUGUCUCCCAGCCCCGCCGAGCAAUAUAUUCGGAGGAUUGGAUGAGAGUUUGUUGGCGCGUGCUGAAGCUCUAGCGGCGGUGGAUAUAGUCUCUCAGACCAAGAGCCACCACCACCCUCCACAUCACAGUCCAUUCAAACCAGACGCUACUUACCACACCAUGAACACUCUCCCCUGCACCUCAUCCUCUUCCUCCUCUGUGCCCAUAUCCCACCCUUCCGCCCUGGCGGGUCACCACCAUCAUCAUCACCAUCACCACCAUCACCAGCCUCACCAGGCUCUGGAGGGGGAUCUUCUGGACCACAUCGCGCCUGGUCUUGCUCUCGGGGCCAUGGCAGGGCCAGACGGAUCUGUUGUGUCCACGCCAGCGCACCCUGCUCACAUGGCAGGCAUGAACCACAUGCACCAGGCGGCCCUCAACAUGGCCCAUGCCCACGGGCUGCCCUCGCACAUGGGCUGCAUGAGCGACGUGGACGCCGAUCCUAGGGACUUGGAAGCCUUCGCUGAGAGAUUUAAGCAGAGACGGAUCAAACUUGGGGUAACUCAGGCGGAUGUAGGUUCAGCCUUGGCCAACCUGAAGAUUCCUGGGGUCGGCUCCCUCAGUCAAAGUACCAUCUGCCGAUUUGAGUCCCUCACACUCUCACACAAUAACAUGAUCGCUUUGAAGCCGAUCCUACAGGCGUGGCUGGAAGAGGCGGAGAAGUCGCACAGGGAGAAACUGAACAAACCAGAGCUUUUCAACGGGACAGAGAAGAAGAGGAAGCGCACUUCCAUAGCCGCGCCAGAAAAGCGGUCUUUAGAAGCCUACUUCGCCAUUCAGCCGCGUCCUUCCUCGGAGAAAAUUGCGGCGAUCGCUGAAAAACUGGACCUCAAAAAGAACGUGGUGCGGGUCUGGUUCUGUAAUCAGCGGCAGAAACAAAAAAGAAUGAAAUACUCUGCAUGCGUCUAGUUUUACCGCUGACGCUGUAAGAACAAUGAACAUUCAUAGACCCAUAAACUGUUAAGAGACUAUUUGUAUGAUAUUUCUUAUCCCACACUUUUUCAAUCAUCAUUGAAUUGUACAUUGAAGCAGAAUUAUUCACUGUAUUCAAAGUGGCUGAAAAUGAAUACACUAUCCCGUCUUUUACCCAGAAAGGAUGUGGAAUAAUUUAAAAGGAUCGUUUGACUGAACAAGUAAGAAUAUUUCAUUUUCCCCGCUUACCAUUCUUCACAAUUUUGUUGAGAACCUGUUAUGCUUAAAUUACAUGUAAAAUAUUGUUUAUGCCUUUUGAUUUCAAUAUUGGUAUAACUGAUUUAAGAUAAUGGUAUUAAUUUCAGAUAUUGGAUUGGAUUUGAUAUCACGUAGUUUAAAGGAAAUAUACGAAUGCACUUACAUUUUAAAAUUUAUUAUUUUUAUUUUACUUCAAAUCAGGCCUGCUGAAGAUGUUUUCCUGCUGAGUGCAUCUGUCUAUAUAUAUAUAUAUAUAUAUAUAUAUAUAUAUAUAGCAGUGCAAUAUUGCUGUACCCUCGUAGUUAUGGUGCAGGCUGGUGUUUUUGGGCCGAAGCAUCUGACACGGAGGGUUUCAUUGUAGCCUAUAGUCACUGGAAGCGAUUAUUAGAUCACUGCCAAACAGCCCCCUGUAAAUUAUUAAUUUAACAGUCCCUUACUUAAUUUCGUGUUCGUUAUGAUUAAUUCCACCUCUCACAUUUAAAAUGUGUUGACAGGUGCGGAGAUAAAGGAUAAUUUUAUUCAUUUAUUUGGAAAAGCCGUGCUAUAACAUUUAAUCAGUUUAGGGGUAUUUUAAACACUAGGAAUAUUUCAUAGUGUAUAGGCAUAAGACUUGAUCAGAGUUAAGCUAACAGGCUUGUGUAGCCAAAUCAGAUUUUUAUUGGUCGUAAUACUUCUGCACUACAGCGUGGGUUUCAUGCUUAUAAACUAUUUAUUGUGUGAGGUAAUGUUUACUUCAUUACAUAUUUAUCGGGAUUCCCUCCUGGUUUUGCUUGAGAGAAAUCAAAUUCAAGACACAAGUAAAACGUGUGUUCUUCUCGAAAGGGUAAUAAUAUGUCAAAUUAUUUUCUCUUUUUCUCAAAGCGUAUGAAAUGGCACAAUCGAGAUAUAUAUGAGAUAGUCUUCUCUUUUAAAAUUAUUUUUAUGUGUUUUCUGGAAUGAAUUUGUAUAAUUACCAGCGUAUCAUCAUCAAGUCGUUGCUUGUUAAAUCACUUUGUUUAUUAAUGUUUUCUUAAUGAAAAAAUAACACUUUUCAAGGAAGGAAGUAUAGUUGUAUAAUGUAAAUAUUUCAUCGGAAUCACGACAUGCACACAAAUAUAUUAGUACAGGUUUUUGCUGUAUUGCUGUUUUAGCAGAGAUAAAUUGAUUAAUUACUUUAUGUAAUGUAUGUUCCUUUCCGUUACUUGAGAAUUGAAUUUAUUAAUUUAUGACAUUCAUGUACCUUUUAAGUUAUUUGAUUAUUGAAUUGCAAUAUGUGUUCCAUUAAAGAACAA